GUCAACCUUCAAAGCUGACAAAUGGGUCGAACAUUGUCUUGCUUGGAACUUGGAAAAGCAAAGAGCGACGACCACGACAAAGAUCCAGAGAAACCACAAAUCCUAGUGAAAUUGCUCUAAUCCUUUCCUGGAGACGCUUCUCCUUCUCAGUUCGGACCAUUCCGCGGAGCUUUCCUUUCUUUUCCUAUGCGGAGAUGGCUCGGAUUAGAUUCGUGCUUGGCUUGCUCACCUUUGUCACCAUUGGGAUGAUUAUUGGUUCAUUAUUUCAGUUAGCUUUUAUCCACCAUUUGGAAGAGUCAUCUGGUAAUCCUCAUUGGGAGAAUGAUAAAGAGGCAGCUGCACUUCGUAUUAAAUUUGUCAAGCCUGAAGUUGUCAGCUGGUCGCCACGGAUUGUUGUUUUCCAUAAUUUUUUGAGCAUGGAGGAAUGUGAAUAUCUCCAAGCAAUUGCUAAACCUCGUCUUCAGAUAUCCACAGUGGUAGACACAAAAACUGGAAAGGGAAUAAAGAGUGAAGUUCGUACAAGUUCUGGUAUGUUUUUGAGUUCUGAAGAGCGAAAAUUUUCAAUUAUACAGGCCAUUGAGAAGCGGAUUGCUGUUUUUUCUCAAGUCCCAGCUGAAAAUGGGGAGCUCAUUCAAGUCCUGCGUCCAGUUAUGAAGCAAACUCAGUUUUACAAGCCACAUCAUGAUUAUUUUUCUGAUACUUAUAAUUUAAAGCGUGGAGGUCAACGUGUGGCAACAAUGCUCAUGUAUUUAAGUGAUGAUGUUGAAGGGGGUGAAACAUACUUUCCACUGGCCGGGGACGGUGAGUGUAGCUGUGGUGGAAAGAUGAUGAAAGGAAUAUGCGUGAAACCAGCUAAAGGAGACGCCGUGCUAUUUUGGAGCAUGGGACUAAAUGGCGAGUCAGACCCGAAGAGUCUUCAUGGAGGCUGUGAAGUUUUGAAGGGAGAGAAAUGGUCAGCUACAAAAUGGAUGAGACAGAGAACCACCUUCUGAAUAAUUCAUUCUCACACAACCUACCUACACCUGAUCUUUUUUUUUACAUUCACAGUAAUUGUUUUUCGCCCUUGAUUUAUAUAGCUCGUCGAUGUAAAGCUUAAUUAUUGUGUAGACUUAUGAGCAGAAAAUAUUACAUGUCAUGCAAGAAUGUAGGAAUGCAGGUAUAUUUAUAUAUUUAGCCUUUUGAUUAGAUAUGAACACUUGAAUUUUUCUCA